AUGGACGAGGACUACAAGCUCGCCAAGGAGGCGUUCGUGGCCGGCCUCCAGGGCACCAGCGCGCGCGAGGUCUUCCUCGUGUUCGCCAUAGCUCCAGGGAGCUUAUGGCUCUACUCGGAGCUUAUGCUGCUGCUGGAGGUCGUGGGCAUCCGACAAUUGGGAGCGGGCAACUUGAACUUGGUGGCGACGAUCCUGCUCGAGUUUGCAGUGACCGUGGUGCCGACGAUGAUCGGUUUUACGUUCGCCGAGUACGCGGUGCCGCUGCUGGCGAUGGUGUACUCGCUGGCAGCGAUUCUUAGUGCUCUGUCCUGGUUCCACGCCAAGGAGUUCAUUCACAAGCACUGCAGGAAGGAGAAGAUGAACCAGCUACUGGGGAAGGAACUGCCGUUCCUGACCAACUUCCGCGCACAAAUCAUGAUCUCGACGUGUUUCGCGAUUCUGGCUGUUGACUUCACGGUUUUCCCUCGCCGCUUCGCCAAGACGGAAAACUAUGGCUUCAGUGUGAUGGAUAUUGGAGUUGGCGCGUUUAUCGUGUCGUCCGCGAUCGUGUCAGCACCUGCGCGUCAGGCUCGCCCCAGCAUUGGCACGAAGAGAGCCCACUCGGACCAGAAGCCAGCGCAAAGCUUUGUUCAAAAGCUUUACGCGUUCGUCCGACCGAUUGCACUUGUGCUCGUGUUCGGGAUUGCGAGGUUCCUAACGGUCAAGGGUGUCAACUACCAGGAGCACGUAUCCGAGUAUGGUGUGCACUGGAACUUCUACUUCACGCUUGCGGGAGUGUAUCUGGUGUACUCCUUCCUUCGCGCUUUCGGCAAAUGGGCUUCGGGCCCCGCCGUCGCGAUUCUCAUUGCUUGUGGCUAUCAGGUAUAUAUGUCCCAGCUCGGCGGUGAAGAAUAUAUCCUGGAUGCACCUCGGGACAAUUUGAUGAGCCAGAACCGCGAGGGAAUCCUAAGCUUGGCAGGCUACUCUUCGCUCUAUUUGCUCUCCGUUUAUGCGGGUGGAUGCAUUUUCGGCUAUAUGGACUCCAACGGGGCGAAGCUGCACCGUAACAUGAGGUGGCUCGUGAUCAGCCUCUUUGUCGUGGCCGCAUUCCUCUGGGCUACGACGUUCCUCUCCGUGCGCCUCGUUGCACGUCCGUCACGUCGUAUGCUCAACUUGUCGUAUUUGCUAUGGGUCAUGGCCGAGUCGAUCACAUUGCUGGCGCUCUACUGCGCGAUCCAGACUGUAUGUAUGCUUCCGAGGGUGCCUCUGCUGUUCCAGGGGAUCAACCACAACCAGCUCUUCGUCUUCAUCGUGGCCAACCUGAUGACGGGCGCCGUGAAUCUGAGCAUGUACACCAUCAACACCAGCACAGGCGUGGCCUCCGCAGUGCUGCUGCUCUACAUGCUGGCAGUCUGCAUCCUGGCCUCUGUGCUGCAGUACGCGCACAUCCGCAUCAAGCUCUGA